CUCAGGGAAUGAAAUUGACGACGUGUUUAUUUUGUCGUUUCACUGCAAAGACAAGUGCAGCAGAAAUAAAAAUAAAAGUACUUUUCGUAGAAAUAAAAGGAUUUUAAGAAUAUUUUGUUAGAUAUAUUAGACAAAAUGAGCUCUGAUUGGGAUGAAAUUAAACGCUUAGCUGCUGAUUUUCAGAAAGCACAAUUGACGUCGACUUUGCAACGUCUUUCAGAGCGGAAUUGUGUAGAAAUUGUUACAUUAUUGCUGGAAAAGAAUUUAUUAGAAGCAUUCUUCACUAACGAUGGCAAGGAGUAUAUAACACCAGAUCAGUUGGAGCGUGAAGUUCAGGACGAACUGUAUGUUAACGGAGGUCGUAUAAAUUUGGUUGAAGUCAGUAAAACACUCAAUGUAGAUUUGUCUCGGAUAGAAGAAAUUGCUUUGCGUAUUUCUGAAACUGAUCCGGAAAUUCACUUUAUGCUUGGUCAACUGAUAAAUGAACAAUAUAUCACACACAUCGCAGAAGAAGUUAAUGAAAGGCUUUCCCAGAAAGGUGAAAUAACUGUAUCCGACUUGACACAGCUAUUUGACUUGCCAUCCGAUUUUUUGCAACAUGAUGUUAUGGAAAAGCAUUUGGGUAAAAUUAUACGUGGUCGACAGGAUACGUCUAACCCUCGUGUCUUCUUUACGCAAUCAUAUAUACAGCGUUGUAAGGCUAAAAUUCGUGGUGCUCUAAAAGCUAUAACAAGACCAACUAAUGUGGCAACUAUUUUGCAGCAAAUAAAUGUCCAAGAAAAAACCUUUCAUUCCCUUUUUGAUGAAAUUGCACCUGCUGGCCAGGUUACAUCAAAGCAAGCGAAUGCACAAUAUAUUCCGCAUAUCUACACAAAAAUGCAAGCAGAUUGGGUGAACUCAUUUUAUAAACAAAAUGGUUUUUUGGAGUAUGAAGGCGUUAAUAAAUUAGGCGUUUCAGAUGCUAAGCAAUUUAUACGUAAACAAUUCCCAAACGAAGAUAUUUUAUACUUGAAACGGUGUGCUAUUGGAUCUAAAAUAAUCGACUUAACGGUCCUUAGCUCGUUGAAUGAAUGCAGUGCUACUAAAAGUUACGUUGAUUUGUCUAGCAUACUGCCAUCUAACAUGUCUGAAGAAGAUGUGGAAGAAAUUUUCGAAACGAUAAUGGCUCGUAAAAAUGCCACGCCUGGCAACUUUGUUUUUCUUCAGAGUAUUGUGUUUUCUCAGCAAUAUCUGAAUGAUCUGAUACAACCUUGUCACGAAAUGGCCAAGUCCAAAGCUAAAACUGCGGUUGAGAGUGGCAUUUACCAGCAAUAUCUAGCUGAAAAACAGCUUUCAGGAAAAUCAAGUACUGCGCAAGAUUACGAUGACGAAUCAAAGUCAGAUAAACGCGAAGAACGUAGAAAAAAGGCAGCAACUGGAAAGGCUGGUGGAGGUAGUCAAGGUCGUGAAACUAAAACUAAAUCCACCAAAAAGCAUCAACGUGGGCGCGCAAAUGUUGCUGAUAGCGAUGAUGAACAAGAAACUCGUGCUGGUGCUGGUAAAAAAGGUUCUAAAUCUUUCGAAUUGGUAAAAUUGGAAGAUAUAGUAAAUAUCAUCCGCAAGACAUUAGAGGACGAAGGAUUAGAAUAUCUUUCAGAUACAAUCGCCGCACUCUAUCAUAGCCAAUUGAAUCAAACUGCAUUGGCUACAGCGCAAGAGCUUUUCGAAGCAACGCCACAAACGAAUCGGCGACAAACGCACGCUGCAAUACAGGAGCGUAUUAAUACGUUACUUGUUGAUUUGCGUUUAUAUGAGAAGGGCUUAAAGCUCUUGCCAGUCGAUGUUCAAUCACAACUAAUCAAAUAUUUGCUCAAAUCACUUGGCAAUGAUAUUUGCAAUGAAUUGACCGCCUACAUUGCCAGCGAAUGUAAUCUGACUAUGAAAACGACCAAUUUGAAUGUAGAUCAACGUAAUAAAAUUGCGCAAGAAUGUGAUGCGGAAUAUAAGACAGUUUUACUUGAAAUCAAUAAAGCGCUAAAUAAAACUAUUGACGAUUUUGUUGUGGCAACCGAAGGUGUACUUAAAGCAUGCAGCAUGAUCAUUAAGAAGGUAGACAAGAAAAAAGAUCGUCAACUCAUACUUCAGCACAAGGAGAAAUUACUACAGCAAUUACAAGAAACUGUAGAACCAGCAUUGGUAUUGCACUUGACCGCUUUAAUUCUUUUCACCACGAUUACCGGCUGUAUAAUACACGCCUCUGGUAAAUUCGUGUCGCAGAUACUCGCUCAUAUACGUCCCAGUUUAAGUAAUGAUCGGAAUGAACAACUCAUGCAAUAUCAUGAUUUAGUUUUACAGCUAUUGCAAGCGAAAGAAGACAGUGAUGAAGCAAAAAUCAUGAAUGAACGAUUACACAGUCUGCAAGGUGCCAUCAAAGACUUGGCAGGGUCUUAUGAAAAGCCUGGAACUAUUAAAGCCGAAUAAAUACUUAUGCUUACUGUUGAUAGCUUGAAAUAUUUUCAAAUAAGGCCUAAAACUCCAUUUAUUAUUAUUGCAUUAAAAUUCUAUUAGCCAGGUUCCAUAGUACCAAUUUCUAGAAUAAAUAAUAUCUGCUUCA